UCUCAUUUUGUUCGGGUCUACCACUUCGAAAAUAAAAGAAUAUAGAAAUGUUUAAAUUGGCAGCAGUUCUGUUCUUCUUGUUAGCUGCUGUUCAUGGAUCAAACUUGGCCGAGCACCAGCACAAAGCUAUUGAAGCCGAAAAUGAAUGGAAGUCGUCCCUGGAGUUAAGGUAUCAAAAUCUUCAAAAUAGUAUGGAAAGGCAAUUCUCAGACAUUAAGGAAAUACUAAGAAGCAUUAAGGCUUCAAUAAUAACUAAUAACGCGCCUAUGGUAAAAUGCAUCCCACCAAACUUUGAGCUAAUAGGCGAUAGGUACUUUUACAUCGAAGAAAAAGAAACCAAUUGGUAUGAUGCCCAAAUCAAAUGUAAAAGAAAUGGCGGGUUUCUGGCAUCCAUCAAAAAUGGACAAGAGCUCAGUGCACUAAGUGCGAAGCUCGAUAGAGGUGCCAGGUACUGGCUGGGCAUCAACGAUCGGGCGAGAAAGGGUGAUUUUUUGUCUGCUACCUCCGGCAAGAAUAAUUCCUUUCUGAAAUGGAGCCCGGGGGAACCUGACUCCUGGAACGAUCGUAUGCACUGCGUUGGAUUGAAAAACGGUCUCAUGGCGAUGCACCUGUGCGAAAAUGAGAGACAUCCAAUUUGUCAGGCAGAUAACGAAAUUUGAUAACAUAAAUCGAAAAAUGAAGCAAACAAAACAAAUACUUUUAAUAUAGACCGACCAGGUUAAAAUGUGGAUUGUUUUUUAA